CUAGAUUUUUCCACUGAAUUGUCAAAAACAUUACUGGAGGCUGGUGGUCCUGAAUUUAAAGAUGAAGUUAAUAGACUGAGAAAUAAACUACAUGUCAUGAGAGAUGGUGCUGUGAUUCCAACUAGCUCUGGAAAAUUACAAUGCAGUGCUGUCCUCCAUGCCAAGUGGACAAAAUUUGUUAGCUUAGGGGCACAAGAAGAAACAGCUUUUAAGAAGACCAUUUUGUCAGCUCUGUAUAAUGCAAAUGAUCAACUUUAUUCAUCAAUUGCAAUUUCAGUGCUGAGCUCAGGAGAGUCUCCAUUCCUAUGGAUUACAGUAAAAGCCAUCAAAGAAUAUUGUGAGAAAUUUAAAAAAGCUGAUGUACAGUUGACUGAUAUCAGGCUUGUGAGUACAGAUGAUGCUUCUAUUAAAUCAAUGAAGAAAAUUGUUAAGGAAGUAAUAGAGCCUGAAUCUAAACAUUCAAAGAUGCCAGCUGUGAUGAAGUUGGCCUUCAAACGGGACAAGAAAAGCUCAUCUGCCAGUGCAGGCCUAGAACUCCAGGAAGAAACCAUCAAAAUGCAACCCAUAUCUAAAAUGAAGCCUGAUACGACCAUACCUGAAACACAGCCAACCAAAUCAGAUGACACAUUUGUAACAGUUGAAGGAUUAGAGGUGGCUCUGGUGACUGGAAACAUUGGAGAACAAAAGUGUGAUGUCAUCGUGAACACAGUGUCUGAUACUAUGGAUCUUUCACACGGACCUGUAUCAAGAGCAAUUCUAAAACAGGCUGGAUCUCAAUUGCAAAUAAACACAAACAACACCAAAGGCUCAACAACAUUUCAAGCUGGGGAUGUUUUACCUGUCAGUACCAUGAAUUGUGAGUUGCAUUGCCAACAAGUAUACAACAUAAUUUGUUGUCAAUGGACUGCAGAUAAAGCUUCUCAAGCUAAAGAACUGCUUCGGACAAUCAUCCAAAAAUGCCUUAAGAAUGCACAUGAAAGUCAUUACAAAUCAAUGAGUUUUCCUGCCAUUGGGACUGGAAAUUUGAAGUUUCCAAAGGAUAUCGUAGCAGGAAUGUUUUUUGAGGAGAUAAAGAAAUUCAGUGCGGAAAAUCCUACAUCCACACUUAAAAGAGUGAAGUUAAUCAUAUACGAAAAGGACCUGGAUCUGUACUCGAUAUUUGAAGACGCACUGAUGAUAGCACAAGGAAUUCCACUCAAUGAGCUGUUAUUGUAUAAAGAGAUUAGAAAAUCUCAAAAAGUGCCUGAUCCACCACCAGCAAACAUGACAAGAGAGGUUGAAACUGUAAGCUCUCUUUUAUUGAUGAAUAUUGGGAAAAUUACCUUUGAACUGCGCUGUGAUGGCAUUUCAAAAAAUGGAAACAUUCUAGUGGUGGAUUAUGGUGAGAAGAAAACAGAUUUUGACACAAUAGUGAGAGGACGUGGACGUUACUUUACAAUUAAAUCAAGGGGACAAGCAGACUUUACAAAGAAUUUGUUAAAAGCCUUGCAGAUGUGUGGUAACCAUCAGUAUGAUUUCUUAUAUAUCCCUAUACCAAAACAACAGGGCUCAGGAAGCUCAUCUAGAGAUAUAAGGGGAUUUGCAACAAGCGUUUUGGAUUCCAUUUAUCAGUACGGAGAUACACCACAAGCAAUGCCAAUACAUGUGAUAGUGACUGAUUCCUCAUCUGAUCACGCCCAAGUAUUCCAGGAAGUGUUAUCAAAACAUCAAGCGGGAAAAAGUGGAAUUUUUAACACAAUGACAAAGUAUCUUGGGGGUUGGUGGCUGACUGGGAAUCAGACUGAAGAUGCUAGAGAUAUACAAGAGCACUCAGUGCAGCCAGUAAAGUUUCAGAUUUACUCCAUGAAGGAAGAAAAUAUUGAAGAAGCAUGGGCUGAUAUUCAAAAACUAGCAACUAGAGAACACAUGGAGAAAACAAUACCUGUGGAAACAUCUUUUGAGAUGUUUACUCAAGAAGAUUAUGAUGAAAUAGAAGAGUGUUGCUCCAAAAUGCGUGUAGCUUACCAGUUAGAUAGAGCUGGUCGCAGCAUCUCUUUAUCUGGAUGUAUAACCGAUAUUUGUUCUGUUCAAGAUGUCAUUUUUAAAGUGUGCCACAACAUAGCAAAAAGAGAAGUAACAUUGCAAGAAGAACUGUUUAUUAUGGAUAAGGUGUGCUGGAAAUUCUGGUUGGAUGAUCAUUGGGAAACCUUCAAUCCGACUGUGAAUGCUUGCCUUGAAAAGGCUUACAAUGAGAAAGAAAAUGAAGUACAAAUAAAAAUAGGGGGAGGCGAUUUUUGUGUGAUUGACUUUCAAAAAUGGACAUUAACUGACUCUAAUGCAACUUCAUAUUCCAUUGAUCGUAGAUGUUCUGGAGAUGAACUUCCAGACACCUGGGAGAUCAGAGGAAAUGAUAGCACAUCCUUUGAACUACCUGUGAAACCGGAUUCCUCAGAAUACCAAGAAAUAGCUCGUGACUUUCGGGACUCUUUGGGGGACGUAGCAUCUAGCCAAACAUUUAAAAUUGAUGCAAUCACAAGGAUCCAGAAUCUGUCUCUCUGGCGACUGUACAUUGCAAAAAGAAAUGAAAUGAACAGACUACGGCCUCAUCAGCAGAAUGAAAACAUUUUGUACCAUGGAACUUACUCAACCGUAUGUUCUAAGAUCAAUGCAGAUGGUUUCAACAGGAGCUACUGUGGCUUAAAUGCUGUUUUUUAUGGAGAAGGGACAUAUUUUGCUCAACAUGCAAAAUAUUCUGCACACGACACAUAUUCAAAACCUGAUGCAACAGGAAGCAAAUUUAUAUACAGAGCAAGAGUUUUAACUGGAGAUUAUUGCAAAGGAAGCAAAGACAUGAAGGAACCCCCACUCAAAGAUCCACAAGGAAACAGCAGAGAGCGAUACAACAGCGUAACAGAUAAUAUGGAAUCUCCUGAGGUUUUUGUGGUAUUUCAAGAUAAUCAAGCAUAUCCAGAAUACCUUAUUACCUUUCAUAAUUAAACAGAAUUCCUAAUAGUGAGCAGAAACUGAAGUAAUGUAGGUCAUCUACUGAUAGGCGCUGCAGUUUGCAAUUAUUGUACUAUUAAAACUUUUAAAGAACAUGGAUAACAUUUAUUCCGAACUUAAAGAAUGCAUUUUCUUGAAAUAGGAUUAGAAAAAUCUC